CUCCGUGGAAUUAUGGGGGUGAUGAGGAGAACCUCCAUAUAUGUAGGGAUGACAAAAAAAUCCGAACCCAUGGGUACCCUACCCGACCCGACCCUUCCCGACUUAACCUGGGUAAAACCCGUGUUGAUGGGUUUCAGGUCGGGUUCGAGUUUAAACCCGUACACUAUUCAUUGGGUUGGGUUUAGGGAUACCCGACCCAUGGAUACCCGUCCACACUUAUUUUGUCACCCUACUCUCCCUAAAAUAGGGAUGACAACAAAACCCAAACCCACGGGUACCCACCCGACCCAACCGGUCAAUGCGGACAAAACCCAUGUUGACGGGUUUUGGGUCGGGAUCGGGUUUAAACCCGCUACACUAUUCACUGGGUUGUGUUUGGGUUUAGGUAAACCCGUCCCAUGGGUACCCACCCACACACAUAUAAUUACUUUUCCAGUAUAUUUAAUAUUCUAAAUAAUAUAUCUUCCUUAAACAACUAAUGUUCUUUAUGUUUGUGGAGACAUGUAUAAUUUGUUCUUUCUAAUUGUUUAGAAUGAAGUUGAUAUUAUGAAGUGAAGAGUGAAGAAACUUAGUUGACGAGGAAGAAACUUUCAAUUAAUCUUAUUAUUUAUAGAUGUUUAUUUUUAAUUUUGAACCAUUUGCAUUUGAUCAUUUGCGGUAUGCUCGUAUGCUCUAGAUUGGUGUUUUUUGUAUGAAUAAUUUGUAUGAGAAAAUUGAUGUUAAACUUUUAUUUUGAAAGAAACUUGUUAUUGUACAUUUUUUACCACAAAAACCCACGGGUACCCAUGAACCCGCGGAUACCCAGCGGGCUGGGUUUGAGUUUUUCAAACCCAGCGGGUUUUACCCCGGGUUUUUUUGGCUGAUAAACCUAUGGGUUUGGGUUUACAAAACCCGCCCCAACCCGACCCAUUGCCAGCCCUACCCUAAACCCUACCCUAAUUCUAAUUUUCCCCCAAUCUAACUCUCACUACACUUACUCCGUGUGCUUUUAUUUAGUGUAAUUGUGAUUUGUUCGAAUUUGUUAGAGUGGUGUUUUAUUUAUGGAUAAUUUGUAUAAGAAAAUUGAUGUUUGAAUUUUAUUUUAAUAGAAACUUGUUAUUGUAAAUUUUUUACCGCAAAAAUCCAUGAUACACAUGAAGCCAUGAAUACCCUGCGGGUUGGGUUGUGUUUGAGUUUUUCAAACUCAGUGGGUUUUACCCCGAUUUUGUUAAGAAUAAACCAAUGAAUUUAGAUUUGGCAAAAUCCGACCCAACUGAAUAAUUGCCAUCUCUACAUAUAUGUAUUGUCUGAUUUCCUUCGAGGUCAGCAUCUCUUCUCUCACCUCUUUAGCUCUAGGGUUUCGGCUCUCAGCCUCCGUUCGACUCCGCUGAGGUUCUAUUUGUUUCUCGUUAAAGCUGAACUGAUCGGGUGGCAGCAUAUAGGUCGGCUUCGCAUUUUUUAGUUCCAAAUGGAAUGAACGAAGCUUUCAAUUGCAUAGCGCAUGCUUUCAGUUUUCUGCACAGUAUUUAGUCUGCUCUGUUGGUUGAUUGUUGAUCUCUGUUCAUGCCUUUUUAGAUUUCGGUUUUGAGGGCGGUGUACAUCUAUAUCACAUAUCGGAAUGGCGAUAGAAAGGAUUCUUAAAGAUGAUGCUAGUGAAGAGAAAGGAGAGCGUGCCAGAAUGGCAUCUUUUGUUGGCGCCAUGGCCAUUGCUGAUCUGGUCAAGACAACUCUGGGUCCUAAGGGGAUGGAUAAAAUACUGCAGUCUACUGGAAGAGGUCAGACAGUGACUGUGACUAAUGAUGGGGCUACCAUCUUGAAGUCACUUCACAUCGACAACCCAGCUGCUAAAGUCCUUGUUGAUAUUUCGAAAGUUCAAGAUGAUGAAGUUGGGGAUGGGACAACUUCAGUAGUUGUCUUAGCUGGUGAACUAUUGAGGGAGGCCGAGAAACUUGUUGCAUCGAAGAUCCACCCAAUGACCAUCAUAGCAGGGUUUCGGAUGGCAGCUGAAUGUGCUCGAGAGGCUCUUCUUAAAAAGGUUGUGGAUAAUAAAGCUAAUGAAGAGAAGUUCAAGACAGAUUUGAUGAAGAUUGCAAAGACAACUUUGAGUUCCAAAAUAUUAUCACAGGAUAAGGAACACUUCGCCAAGCUGGCUGUUGACGCUGUUUUGAGGCUAAAGGGCAGCACAAACUUAGAAUCCAUCCAAAUCAUCAAGAAGCCUGGUGGUUCACUUAAGGAUUCAUUCUUGGAUGAAGGGUUUAUUCUUGACAAGAAAAUCGGAAUUGGACAACCAAAACGGAUUGAAAAUGCUAAUAUUUUGGUGGCUAACACUGCAAUGGACACAGAUAAAGUAAAGAUCUACGGCGCACGUGUUCGUGUUGAUUCAAUGGCUAAAGUUGCUGAUAUUGAAGCAGCUGAGAAGCAGAAGAUGAGAGAAAAGGUGGACAAGAUCCUAGCCCAUGGGAUUAAUUGCUUUGUUAACAGACAGUUGAUUUACAAUUUCCCAGAAGAACUCUUUGCAAAUGCUGGGGUGCUUGCAAUUGAGCAUGCAGAUUUCGAUGGGAUUGAACGGCUAGCUUUAGUUACCGGAGGUGAAAUUGCCUCAACUUUUGACAAUCCUGAAUCUGUUAAGCUUGGACACUGCAAGCUUAUUGAGGAAAUUAUGAUUGGAGAGGACAAGCUAAUUAAAUUCUCUGGCGUUGAGAUGGGCCAGGCAUGCACUGUCGUACUACGGGGUGCAAGUCAUCAUGUGCUCGAUGAGGCAGAAAGGUCUCUACAUGAUGCCCUCUGUGUUUUAUCCCAAACGGUGAACGAUAGCCGGGUUUUGUUUGGAGGCGGAUGGCCAGAAAUGGUGAUGGCUAAGGCAGUAGAUGAACUUGCUCGAACGACCCCGGGGAAGAGGUCUCAUGCCAUUGAAGCUUUCUCCAGGGCUCUUGUGGCCAUUCCAACCACCAUCGCAGAUAAUGCUGGUUUAGACAGUGCUGAGCUAGUAGCCCGGCUUAGAGCAGAGCACAACAAGGAGGAUUCUAAUGCUGGCAUCGACGUCAUCUCUGGAUCUGUUGGUGAUAUGUCAGAGCUAGGGAUUUCAGAGGCGUUCAAGGUUAAGCAAGCGGUACUGCUUUCUGCAACCGAGGCUGCCGAGAUGAUUCUCAGGGUAGACGAGAUCAUCACUUGUGCGCCACGAAGGAGAGAAGAUAGAAUGUAAAACGUGGAUUGGAUCUGCUGUUUUCUCUCUUAGGGCACUUGCAUUUUGGCCAAUCAAUGUUAUGAAACUGUAUUGUUGUUUAACGUUAGAUUGUUGAACUGAUAACUUCGCCAAACCUGCCCCAGUUUUUCGUGUGAUGCCGGUUUCUGUAGAGUUGUGGAACUCCAGUGUUUUGUAUUGAUCGAAUUCUAAAACUGUGCAUUGUUAUUUGAAACAGUAUCGUGUUUAGAUGAUUUUGGACUUCUGAAGUUGCUGUGAUGCAGGACGAGAUCUUUUGUUAUUGAAAAUUCUGCUCUUGAUUGAACCUUGCUCCCUGUUAACUACGCAUUUUUAAAAGCGUAGUUCCCCUGUAUCUUAGGGAGUCUAUCAGCAUUGAAGUCCCUGCUACUGUAUGUUUGUUUUUUAGCAGUGCUAUCUGGUUGGAUUGGAAACAUCGGAUACUGAAUUCAAAUCUAUAUGCGAUCUAGUACAAAUACACCAUCACUAAGAUGUCCGGUGUAACCUCCAGUAACUCAUUCUUGUUUAGAAAAAUGUCAUUCCGUUAUUGGUUCUUCGUUCGAAAAAACUACUUCUAAGAGGCGAGAAAUAAACUAAUUUUUUAUUA